AUGGCAUCGCCUUACGAUGUGAAAGGUAAAUGGUACAUUUUCUUAGUAUUUUUCGCGGUUUGGAGAAGCGUCUUGUCCGUGACUCGUUACUCUAUUCCGGAGGAAAUGAAAGAAGGUUCUGUUGUGGCGAAUUUAGCGGCUGACCUUGGACUCAAUGUUAACAGUCUGGCUGAACGUGAGGUAAAACUCGAUAUUUUACACAGCAAGAAAUAUUUAGAUGUUAACAAAGACACUGGAGAACUGUAUAUUGUAGAGAAAAUAGACAGAGAAUAUAUUUGCACCAUGAAAAUCUCAUCGUGCUUACUAAAAAUGGAUGUUAUAUUAGAAAAACCAGAAAGACUAUUUAAUUUUGAACUCGAAAUAUUAGACAUUAAUGAUAAUGCGCCUCGUUUUCGGCGAGAGACAAUGCAUUUAGAUAUUUCCGAGUCAACGGCAGCGAGAGAGCGAUUCUCCCUAGCUAAUGCGGUUGAUCCCGAUGUGGGUUCGAAUUCAAUUAAAACGUACUAUUUAAGUGAAACCGAGAACUUCAGUCUAGAUAUCCAGAUGGGAAGUGACGGGUCGAAAUACGUGAACCUUAUUUUAAAAAAGGCUUUGGACCGGGAGGAACAAGCUGUACAUAAUCUGAUACUCACUGCUGUAGACGGCGGAGUCCCUGCGCGAUCCGGCACCGCAAACAUUAUUGUUCGUGUUCAGGAUGUGAAUGACAACGCCCCUCAGUUUGAUCGCCAAAUUUAUUAUGUUAACAUUUCUGAAAAUUCACCUAUUGGAACCCCUGUUAUAAAGCUAAAUGCUACUGACUUAGAUGAAGGUUCAAACGCGGAUAUUAUAUAUUCUUUCACGCUUUACACUUCCGAAAAAACGCAGGAUUUGUUUUCUUUGAAUUCGAAUACAGGGGAAGUAAAAGUGAAAGGCAUUAUAGAUUUUGAGGAAAUAAAAACACUUGAGAUGCAUGUACAGGCUCACGAUAAUGGUUAUAAUCAGCUUUCAGGACAGUGUACACUAAUGGUGUUUGUUACUGAUGUUAAUGACAACCCCCCCGCCAUUGCUAUCACGUCUCUUAAAACAGCGGUAAAAGAAGAUGUUCCUCUAGGUACAAUAAUAGCGCUCAUAAGCAUUAGUGACAGAGACUCGGGAGAUAACGGUAUAGUUGACAUUAGA